CAGUACCGUGGAUACACUCGAGUUGAAAAGUAUGCUUAUGCGUUUCAAAGUUAAAUUUGUUAUCACGUGACGCGUGUGUGUGCCGAACUAUUGUAUAUGAGAUAAAAAGAAAAACAAAAAAUUUAAUAUUCAUUCAAUCAUCAUUAUUAAUUUUUAUUUUCUACCUUCGAUUCACAUUAUUUUUCGUAUAAAACAAAACAAAAUUAAAAAUUUGUUGUAUGACUAAUAACUAAACACUCGUGAUCGUCGUCGUCGUCGUCUUCGAAACAAGAUAUUUGCAUAGGUAUACUCGUGCCUUAACAACAACCGUUGUUUUGUUAAAUUAAAUACGAAUUAUCCGAAUAUAAAUUAAAGAUCCCGAUUGACAUUUCGACAAACAAACAAAAUAUAAAGAGAAACUGUCAAAACUGUCAAAAGUACCAGAAACAACAAAACAAAUUUUGAAUUAAAGUCGAAGUUGAAGCUUUUCUGGAGCCUUGGUUUGGGUGGUGGAUUUGUGAACAAAAUAUUCGGUUUAUCUGUCCCGGUAACGCGAAAACAAAAACCGAAUUAAACGUGCAUUCACCCUCGUCCCCUCUGUCAACAGUCAACAGUUAACGUGUUGUCUUUAAGUUUAGUUGUUUUUGGUCUGUCUGUCUUUUGGUUGUUUAUUUUUUUGAGUUCGCGAUUCUUGAUUUGUUGCUGGCUGGGUCUGUUCUGUAAACAGCCAGCCAUACCACCUCACCGUCACAGUCACCGUCAGAGUCAAACUUAACCGUCCUUCACCUCCCUGUUCGGUUUUUAUGAAAAUUCCGUUCGUCGUCGUGGAACGUAACGUGGAGUGCCUUGCCUACUGCCUGUCCCUGUGCUGAAGUAACGUCAACGUGCCCUUCACCACACCACACCGCUCGACCUGAAGUGAAAUAAAUAUACGAAAAUACCAAACGAAGAAAAAAAGAAAUAAAAACACGACAAGUGUCGUUGUUUUUGAGUUGAGAGUUAAGUGAGUGAGUGUUGUGCCUGCGGGUAUCGGGGAAUAUGGCCAGCUACGAAUUAAUUUGCAUAAUUCCAACAUAAAUAAAUCAAAACAACUGGAAUUAAACUGGCAGAGCUUUUUUCCCAAAAAUAAAAUUAAAAAAGAAUUGCCCCAAAUUUUAAAAAGCCCAAAAAUGUGCCACAUAAACUUAAUUUUUGUGUUUAAAAAAAUAUCGGAUUAGUCUUUCUUGUUUUUAAAAAAUCAAUACUGUAAAUAAAUUUAUCGAAAAAGAUUUAGUUUUUGUUCUAUAAUUCAAUUUUUAACAAGACCAACUGUAAAUUUGGACGGAGUUACAAAAAUUUAACGAAGGAAACUUUAAGCCAUUCUAAAUAAAUUUUGAAACAUUAUUUCAAAACAAAAAUUAGUUUGGAAAAUCUUCAAAAAUGGGAACUCGAACAACGGAUUGUCGAAAAUUUUCACCAAACAUCUUUAACAAAAGCAAGUGCAGCCACUGCUUUAGACAGCGCGAGGAACAUAGUGCUGCUGCUUUGGAAUGCAAUAGGGCAUCACGGAAAGUAUCAAAAUGCGGUUACUUGUUUGUCGCACCGGAUUGGGAUUUUAACAAUCCCCUUUACAGAACUAAGAGAUGGCAACGAAGGUGGUUUGUGCUGUACGACGAUGGCGAGCUAACAUAUUCCGUGGACGAACACCCCGAAACAGUCCCGCAAGCAAGUAUCGAUAUGACAAAAGUCAUCGAAGUCACCACUGCCGAAGAUGUUACCGGCCAUACAAAUUCAGUUGCCAUCACAGCACCAGAUCGUGUCACCUUCAUUAAGGGUACCUGUCCCGAAGAAUCCAAAUGGUGGUUGAAUAUAUUAGCGGCUUUCCCCAAAUCAAAGGGUCGUCACAAAAGAAAUGCAACGUUUCCUGGCGGUCAGGCAACAACGAUAUUACAACAACAACAAUCGAGCGGUACUACAAUCAGCGGUUGUGUUGUGAUGGGAUCACGUAAUCGCCAUAAUUCAUAUCACAAUAAGGAAACACUAAGCGGAAUGGGAAAUUCUGGUGUUGGUGUUGUUGUUGUUGGUGGCGGUGUUGGUUCUUGGGAUCCAACAAGCAAUGACAAUAAUGUAAAUGAUAUGGAUGAUGAGGAUGUAGAUGUGGAUGUGGAUGAUGACGAAGAAGAAAUAAAUGAUUCCGAUGAGGGAACUGGAGGCAUGGAUCGUAAUCAUCAUCACCAUCAUCAUCAUCAUCAGACCUCAAAUGAUGGACAGGAUGAGAACAAUAAAAAUGCUGGCAAUGAGAUCACAAAUAGAGUUUAUACCGACCAGCCAGUCUCAUCGAAGUCGCCACCCACACGAGAUAAAAUUCAUCCUGAAACGAAGGCUCAAGUUCGCAUUAGGAAUCGCAAUCGGACAGCACCAUCAUCAAUUCAGGUGCAACAGGAUGAAUCCGAGUCGGUUCCGCCUUGUUUGCUGAUCGAAGACGCCCGACGUGACGAAAAACUAAAGGACAUCGCUAACACAAUCACGAAUCUAAGUCAAACAUCAAAUCGCUGGAGUACAUCCGGUGUAGGCAGUAAAAUCAAUGUAACAGUAACAACAGUCAACAAUGCCCUAAACAGUCAGACGCAGGGCUUGAACGACGAGAAACCAACCCGCGAUGAAACAGACUUUGCCCAUUAUCGACCUGCCCAUACAAAUGUUGUCAAUCUUAGACCAAAGUCAUUGCCUCUGGCAUCGAAUUCAACGCCGGCCAUAGUGUCAGCCAUAGUCAAGAAAAUUCCGCCUGUUCUCGAACAAGCGACUAGUGGUAAUAUUAGUAAUAAAUCUAGUCCCAGAUUGCAACAACAAUUGCGCCUGCUUCAACAGCAACAGCAGAAACAGUCUCAGUCGCAGUCUCAUGAGAGAGGCGAUCCAGAUGGUGGGUGUAAUUUAGAUGAUUUAUCGACGAAUUAUCUGGCCAAAACCUCAGAGCUGAGAGUCAAUUUGCCGGCGGAGGAAAUUCUGAACUCGAAGAAGGGCUGGCUGAUGAAGCAAGAUGGGCGAACUGGUGAGUGGACGAAACAUUGGUUCACACUAAGUGGAGCAGCGUUGUUCUACCACCGUGAUCCGGUGUCAGAGGAACGUGGUGUUUUAGAUGGUGUGCUCGAUGUAAAUAGUUUAACGAGUAUCACUGAAGUGAAUGCUUCGCGAAAUUACGCCUUCCAACUAUCGACUUGGGACAAACGUCGGCUGGUUUUAUCGAGUUUAUCGGCGAAUUCCCGCAGCAGCUGGAUGACAGUUUUGAAAAACGCUGCUGGUCUUCAGCCAGAGCCCAAAAUCGAAAGUGAAUGUAUUCUGGCGACAGAACUGAUAAUCAAAGAUAAUACAAGCGAUGAUAUUAAGAGUGAAAUAGAGAAGGACUUCAUCAAGGCUCAAAGAAACCAGGAGUUAAUCUUAAACACAAGUCCUAAGCUAUCUCAAGAUACAACAAGCCCAGUGAUUGUACAAAAGGCUAUCACCACACCAGUCACACCUUUGACUCCAAAGAACACGAUGUUUUCCUCGGACGAAGAGUACCGAACUGCUUCGGAGGGUGGGCGGAGAGAUAGUGUGGAUUGGGGAUCUCCGCUCUCGCCAUCCCCACCCAUACCGAUUGCUUUGCUAAGGGCCAAAGAACGUAUGCGAUCACGCCCUGGGAACUGUCCGAGACUUCACAAGCGUAGUAGGUCCUCGCCGCCAAGCUCAAGGAGGAGUACUGUUGAUAGUGUGGGCUCUGAUGAAUUGCCAGUGAUUCACUCAGUUCAGGAAGAACUCAAUAUCGACAAAGAGCUACAAUUUCGACUCGGAGCUGCCGAAAAAGAGCGAGACGUGCUGCGUAAUGAAGCCCAGGAACGCGAAGCGCGAAUGUCGGAACUUUUAACAACCCUCGAGCGAACCGAACAAGAGUUAAACGCUCGAAUAAGGGAAAUGGAAGAAGCUCGAGAUAAUCUCUCCAGCCAACUGGACGAAGCCAAAAGAAAUGCUGAGAAAAUCGUCGACCGGUUAACGAUCGAGGUCGGCGAUAGUCAUAAGAAAAUCAAAAACCUUGAAGAUCGCCUAUCUCGGGGUAUUGAAGAGAAUGAAACGCUUUACAAAAAAUUGCGAGAACUUGAGAGCUGCAGCCCCUCGAGUUUUAGCAAUCUUAACCGACACAAGUUGAAACGGAUGGAUUCACUCAGUGACCUUACACAAAUCAGCGACAUCGAUCCGUACUGCUUGGAUCGUGACAUGUUAGCGGAUGAAUACAAUGAACUCAGGUCGAGGUUUGAAAAAGCUGUGAGUGAGAUCAAGGCCAUGAAGCGGGAACUCAAGGAAUCACAAAACCAAUUCGAUACAUUGGAAAUAUCGUAUGCAUCUCUCAAACAAGACCUUGAUCGUCAGCAAAUUGAAGAUCGCUCCCAGUUGCAAAUGAUGGCCGAGCGUAUUCAAGACCUAACCCUAAAAUACAGUGGUUCCGAGAGGCAGGUGCGUACAUUGAAACAGAAACUGGCCAAGUCUGAGCGCAGGCGAUCACUUUCUCUUAAGGGCAAGGAACAAUUGACAGUCUCAAAAGAACUUGAAAUCAAAGUUACCGAACUGGAGUCGAAGAUCGACGAAAUCGAAAAGAAGUCACCAAGUCAGCAAGUGCGAACGUCCUCUGCUUCGUCAAGUUCGGUAAAGAAAUCAGCUCGUAGACGAUCCCUCGAAAGUUCAGCCAGUACGGAUUCAUUGCAAUUUAUGAUUCGAGUGAACGAUCUUGAGAAACGUUUCGAAUGCUUUACCUCAUCACAACAAUCAUCAGCACCAACAAUCGAUGUCAAACGGAGCUCGUCUAGUCCCAAAAUGUCCGAGCAUCUAAUUGAGCGUCUAAAGUGCCUAGAAGGAGUGCUGAUUUGUAGUAAGGAUCGUCUCGAACAGAGCCUACAUCAACUACAGGCCCUAAAAUCGUCGUCACGAACCCGUAGAUCAGUUUCACCCAUCACGGAUCGCAAAGAUUCUUAUAGAUUUGUAGAACGUUGUCUUGUAGAAGUGGUUAAGUUGAUUCGCGAGUCAUGUGAGACGUGCGUCGUAAGUGAAGAUCUUACGGGACCCGGAAUGAUUCUCCUGCCUGAAACAAACCCCAUUAAGAUCGCCUUGAUACAGCUGGAAGCCCAGCUUCGUGGAAAGCUGGGUGAUCUAUUGAAACAAAGACGAGUGCUUAGGGAACGCAACGAGCUCACCACUCGCAAAGACCUCGAGUUGCUGGCCGAGAGGAUAGCUUUCGAAAGUGUCUGUUUUGGAAAACUUCGGGAAUCCAUCAAUCGUGCUGAGAAUCCUGAACUUUUCGGACAGCGACAAACUCGUGCCGAAAUCGCGGAAACCUCUCAGCUAAUGUCUAUGUUAAAGGCUAAGCUCGGGGGUAAAUGUGCAUUCAAGCCCAGUGGAAGCCUCGACGUUCUAGCUGGGGUGCUCGCCCGACGCCUUAUCCUCUCCUCGUUUCGUAAGGACAAAACAAAAGUGCCCGAAAUGGAUCCUGUCGAACCAAAGAUUCUCGAAGAACUUCUUCGUCAACAAAACGAGAUCAACCUGAUCGCAAAACGGUACAAAAACAACGCCAUGGAAAAUCUGGCUUCAGGGCUGGCGGCAGAGACGCUCAGUUACAUAAGUUCCAAUGAUCUAGUGCAGGGAGCUGUUCAAGAAGCUUGGCGGCAAGCACAAGAAACUGUGAAUGCGGAGCUAGUGCAAUCAGAGAUAGCACACAUAAUGAUAAGGAAUGCAGAACGAUUUGAGACUUCCAUAACACCUUCAUUCGGAUACACGUUAACAGCUGAGGAGCGAAUAACCUUCGAGUCCUUCGCUGACGCGGUUCACGAAAGCCUUCGCAAGGAAAUGGAUAAUGCAAUCGAACAACUUUCCCAGUGCUAUGAUGAAGCUUUGCAAAAAAUGAAACGGGGCCAGUGGAGAAUGCAUUUGGAGCAAGAACGAAAAGCAAGUGAAGGCCGGCAAUUGUUAUCUGAGUUUGCUGACAUCGUUGCCCAUAAGGCGUUAGUGGAUGCGAGAAUAGCAGUUCUACGGGGUGAUUACACUACCACGGAAAGUGCUACUCAGCUCGCUACCAUGGACCCGGGCAAUGCGUUUAGUGUGUCGAGCUUGCAAAAAUAUGAAAAUCUCUUCGAAGAACUCUCGAACGAUCUGCAGAUUUCUAACCCCGACGACAUCUUGGCUGAAGCUGACUUUGAGUUUGUGUACAAAAAUAGAACGAUAGACUUUAUCAGCGAUCGAGCUGUUCUUAAAGACAUCGCAAACUUCCUUAGUCAAUUGGAGCAAUCUAUUGGCAAUCUCAAGCGUGCUAUCCAUCCAAAUAUUGCCUUCAUCGAACCUAAGACAAUCGAACUAAACACCCUAGCGGAUGUCUGUCAGAAAUGUUGUGACAUUAGGGCCCAAACUGAUGGUCUCCUCGAUGAUGUACAAAACUUUAGAGCUUCUUGCUCCAGUUGUUCUCAGCUACAAGAUACCAUCUGUGAUUUGCAUGUGCAGCACGAGUCCCAACUCAUGCGAAUGCAACAGGAUCAUGCCAAAAAUAUGUCCAUGCUGAUGCAGCAAGCCGACAGUCAGCGUCACAAUCUCGAAUCUCUUGAAAGGGAACGCAAUUCCCUGCUGGACGAAAUCCACCAGCAGUCGAGUUUGGUUGACGAUCACGCACGUGAACUGGCCACACUGACCAUGAAACUAAAAUCCAAAGAAGAAGAGUGCCAUCGCAAGGAAAAUGACAAUUUAGAUCUGAUGGAUCGACUGGAAGACCAAACCGAAAAGAUUCACAACUAUCAGACGGAUAGGGAAAGCUUGGAAGGAAAGUGUUCGCGACAAGACGAGGAAUAUGCAGUUCUACUUCAGGAGCGUGAUUUCAUUCAGUCUGAACUGAAUAAGGAACGUGAACGGUGCAGACGUAUGGAGCGACGUUUGGAAAUGCUCGAGGUUGAACAUGGCAAGCAAUUGGAAUGCCUCCAGGAGGCAUACCGCGACCAAAUUCUUUCACAUUGCUCAGAUUUUACGAAUAUCGCUGACGAGGAGAGUUUCCGGCAGCGAUACCAACAGGAGAUCGAACAGUUAAGAACACUCUGUGAGAAAGGUCUGACAGCAAUGGAAUCAUCACAUCGUAGAAUAAUCAACGAUCUGGAAGAUAAACAUCGACAAGAAAUAGAUAGACUUCUCAUGGAGAAGGAAACAGCUUUAGCCGAAGAAACUCAGGCAACUCUGGCUGCUUUAGAUGCAAUGCGUAAGGCACACCAAAGUGAAGUUCAAAGAGAGGUUGCACGUUUCAAGCAGGAAUUCCUAAGGCAAUUCCAAAAGGGUGAACACUCAAUUGAUAACACCAAAAUAAAUGAAGAGGAACUCGAAGAAUUAAGACAAGAAAUUUUGUCAUUUUCUGAGAAAUACUCAAUAAAAUGCGUUGAAAAUGCAGCCCUCGAAGAGAAACUGCGUUCGGCUAAUCAAAAACUAAAACAUUUUCAACAAAUGCAACAAAUUGAAUUGAGAAACAAACAGUUCCGUGCACAUUUAGCAUCUGAGGACCCAUUGAGUGAUGUAAAUUUCGUGCAAGGACUGACUUCAUCCAAAGAUGAAUUGCCAUGCCCAGACAGUGAGCAUGCGCUUGAAGUUAGUUACACAACACAACAAGCACACCCAGAACUCACUUCUACUAAGUCAACAUCACAACCAGAACAAUCCUCCCUACUACCCAUUGACAUUGGCAUCAGACAAUCUGGUAGGAACCCAAACGAUCUUGAUCUUGAAGACGGUUUAAAUUGUUGCUACGAUCCAUGCUAUAAGCUGAGUGGUGCAUUUGAGUAUAACAUGAGGAACUCUAUUGAAGGUUUAAAAAAAUCUUCAUCGAGCCCAAUGUUCAGCAGCAGCAACAACAACAUGCUGACAUCAACAAGUUGCAUCAACAAUGAUACAAAAAACAACGUCAGAUCAUCACCCUCCUCCCAUCCGCAAACUUUUACUAUCACUAGUGCUCCCUUAAUACUGCAAAGUGGUGGUAAAAAACAACAAUUACCAAUAACCAAAGCACUAACCCACCACCACCCUCAACAACAACAUCCCCAUCAAACAAAUACAAAUACAACAUCGACAACUAAGCCGAUGAUGAUUAUGAUGACUACGACAAAGACAACGACGACCAAACCAGUGGAACAACCAAAGAACAUUAAUUUAUUAAAAAAUCUAAAUCCAAAUUCAACUCAAUUAAAAUUAGUUAAUAAUAAUAAUCUUAGAUUAAGUUGUAAUAAUCUUAUAAAUAAUAGUAAUAGUUAUAAUAGUAAUAUCGAUGAUGCAUCAUCUAGUAAUAGUAGCAACAUCAACAAUAAUAACAACAACAGUAACACCAGCAACAUGCGCAUCUUCAGUCGAUCAAAUCAUUGUAGUGGUGGCAACACUGGCGGUGGCAGCAACAGCGGCAAUGGUGGUGUCCAAAAUAAGCUUGCAAUGAGUCUGGGCAGUUUUAGUGAUAUAAUUCGCAAAACAACGCCAUCUAGUGAUGCUAGUGCUAGUGAAAAGAAUCCAGCAAACACGGUGGUGAUGCACAGUAACAGGGGUGAUGAUCACAGCAGCAGCAAUACCGACGAUGAGAAUGAUAGAGUGGCAAGAAGCGUUUGUAAAGGUGUUUUCAAUGAGUCAAGUGCGUCGCAGGCGGCAACCUCAACAUCGAUGCCAGCGACCAACAAGAAAAAGCAUUCAACGUCAAAUUUUAGUGGUAAGCUAUGCUCACCCCCUCCCUUAAGUGGGAAGGACAUUGAGCAUCAUCAUGCGACCUCACAUUUGAGAAGAUUUGAGUUGGAAAUAUAAAACGAUAACUGCAAUAAAAUUAAAAAGUUUUAAAAAAAACAUAAAUUAUUCAAAAAACUUACCAACAACCAAAACAAAAUAA